UUACUAAUGAAAUUAAGGAACAUAUUCCACUCAUUGAUAAAAGAUAUCGUGAUAUUGUCAUUGAAAAUAAAGAAUUUUUUGAUUCCGUUAUCGAUUUUACCAGAGAAUACGAUCAUGGGGAGAUUGACUGUAUACAAUACGAGUUAUUACGGAUCGCUUUGCAAAUAUACUCUGAUGAUUUUGUAAAGUUAAAAGAAUGUUAUCGUAUGAUGGUCUCUAACAAGAUAAGCAUGGCCACGCCUACACGUGUAAACUCUUGCAUGGAAAACAAUCUACUUGCUAGUUGUUUUAUUGCAAGAAUAAAAGGAGAUUCGAUUGAAGGAAUAUAUGAAAGUCUAAAAGAUAUCGCCCUAAUAUCAAAGAAUUGUGGUGGAAUUGGAAUCGAUGUUAGUGACAUCUGUGCAAAUGGUGAUUAUAUUAAAGGAUCUAGUAGAUAUUCUUCCGGUAUAUAUAGAAUGCUUCGUGUUUAUAAUGAAACGGCCAAGUACAUUGACCAGGGAGGUAACAAACGCAAGGGAGCGAUUAUGGUACCACAGUUACGUACAACAGAUCUAAAUCACUGUAUUGUCAUUCCAGAUAUAUUUAUAGUACGCAUUCAAGAUGAUGAUUAUUGGACUAUCUUUUCACCCAUGGAUGCAAAGAUAUCACUAGAAUAUGACCUAAACGGAUAA